UCCCCGUUGAGGGUCAUUGGAGCAGCAUGAACCGGUUGCUAGGAAACCUCCGGUCCUGUUGUCGGUGGAGGCUGGAGACAACGUUUCCGGCUCGUCACUACAAGAUAGAGCCGGUGACCCGAGAUGUGGUGCUAUUUGAACACCGGAGACCGCGCUUCUUCCACCUCUUGGGGCUGUUCUGCGUGGCUCAGACCGGUUUCUGGGCAUACUUGGCUUACUUCGGCUUCACUACCUUGCGGGACAUCAGACAGACCAACAAGGAAGAGAACGAAGAGGUGAAGGGAAGAAACAUGGGCUCCCCCUUGUGGAGGACGGCUUUCACUCUGGGUUGCUUGUCAGUAGGUACCCUUGUAAUGGUAGCUGGUUUGUUAUUCUCCCGACGCUCUGUCAGCCUGGUGACCCUUCAUGCUGGAGGAGAUAAAGUAACCCUCGUCACUGCCGGUGUUUUUGGGAUCAGUUCAUCGUUUAGUCUUCCUUUAAGACACAUUUCUUCAAUGGCUCAUCGCUCUGAGGUUCCUGCCAUGAUACCACUUAAGAUCAAAGGGCGCCCUUUAUACUACUUAUUGGACAAGCAAGGACAUGUUUCCAAUGCCAAGUUGUUUGAUCUUACAGUGGGAGCAUAUCGUAAUUUGUGACAUCAUCUGUUUUAUACAACUG